CCCUUUUCAGCGUUCAGACAAACACUGAGUAUUUCACAGAGAGUUUGUGAGGAGACAAGACGUGAAGCAGCACAAUCUGCUCUAGGGGUCAAGGAGAGAGGUCAGCUGGCCCCCUGCUGAACUCUAAGGAUGUUCCACCACCUCUUGAGCCUCUCCGUCUUUGCCUUGGAGACUUUCUGCCAUUUCUCUGAUGCCUUCAGCCUAAAUGGCACGUGGGAGAUGUGGAAGGCUGAGCACAGCAAAGUCUACCCCAACCAGAAUGAGGAGUCCUAUAGGAAGUUAAUUUGGGAGAAGACAGUUCAACAAGUGAUGAGACACAAUAUGGAGGCCUCCCAAGGCCUGCAUUCCUUCAUGUUAGGACUGAACCACUUUGCUGAUCUGACAACAGAUGAACUCAAUGAGAUGCUGAGCUGUUUGAAGUCCGAGGAUUCCUCCGCCCGCCACAACGCAACUUUCACUCCGGUAAUGGAGGGGCCUCUUCCUGAGAAAGUGAACUGGGUUGAGAAGGGUCUAGUCAGCGAGGUGCAGAAUCAGGGCCCCUGUGGUUCAUGCUGGGCGUUCAGUUCCGCAGGCGCUUUGGAGGCCCAGAUGAAGCGUCGGACGGGGAAACUAACUCCACUUAGCCAACAGAACCUCGUAGACUGCAGCGUCGCCGUCGGCAACCACGGAUGCAAGGGGGGCUACCUGAGCAAGUCCUUCAUAUACGUCAUCCGCAACAAGGGCAUCGACUCUGCAAGUUACUACCCCUACGAGCAGAGGGAUGGCAAAUGUCGCUACUCCAUCAGAGGCAGGGCAGGGUACUGUAUAGAUUUCCGGAUUCUUCCAUCAAGGAGUGAGAACGCCCUGCAGCACACAGUUGCCAAUAUUGGCCCAGUGUCAGUAGGAAUCAAUGCUAUGCUACCAUCCCUCCACCACUACAAAGGAGGUAUAUACAGUGAUCCACAAUGCAACCCAAAGCUGACCAAUCAUGCUGUUCUGGUUGUGGGCUAUGGCACUGAAAAUGGACAAGAGUACUGGCUCGUUAAGAACAGCUGGGGACCAGCCUGGGGUGAAAGCGGAUAUGUACGCAUGGCCCGCAAUAGAAACCAAUGUGGCAUCUCCAACUUUGCCAUUUUCCCAACAGUCUAAUAGUUCACUUUGGCCCUACAAGUCUUCCUUGUGUAUAGACUCCAUUAUGUUUUAAGAAACAUUUUCAGUUUUUGUUUUUAAUAGCCUACAUCUGUCAUUGAUUAAUUUAUUUGUGUUUUUAUUCUACACUUAACUCUCAGUAAACCAUAUAUGGCCUACCA